AUGGGUGAGAAUCGCAAAGCAGUGUCAAGAACUAAAGCCCGGUCCAAACGAGCGCAAUAUGUCAACCAGGCCUGUCUGCCGAAUCCGGCCUUGGCGAACCCUCGGAAUACACUCAACGCACCUAUCCAUACUGUCACCUCAUGCAACGCAACUGCCGAAGACAGUUCCAAAAUAACUACAAAUGAAUCCACGCUCAUCUAUGGUGAGACUCAGAAAGCUGGAAUGAUGCCACAUGCUUCGCAAAGCGUUCCGGAAUUCUGCGGCCCGUCAAGCUCCGAGUUCGCCUUAAGAGCUGUUAGCGGGAACCUCAGGGAGAUGGGCAUGCCUUCUGCUCUUCUCAGCGAGCUGAGCUGUGAUAGUGGGAACAUUUCGGAUGUCCCAUCUCGCUUCUCGAGUUAUGGCCCGUUCAUGAAGCUUGUGACUAUGGAUCCGUUAUGGGAUAUACCUAAGACGGAGGCUGCUACUCUCGUCAAAAAAUGGUUCACUAGCAUGGGCAGUCUUUACCCAUUUCUGCGCGAGCAAGAGCUGCAAGGCACAUUUGACAGGCUAUAUGCAGUUAUGGAGCCUAUCAAUGUUAGGGCGCCGGUCCCCCGAAGAGAGCUGGCAGCAGAUGUUCUUUUGAAUGACGAGACUAAUAAGUUGAAGAUUGUUCUCGCUGUUAGCAAAACAAUGGAGAAUGGUGGUAGGAACGUUCAAGCCCAGAGGUUGUUCCAAAGCACAACAGAAGCAGUUGAGAGUCUGAUAUGGAAUCCCAGUGGCAUCAGUGGCAUACAGCUGUUGGUAUUGACUGCCAUUUAUCAUUACCAACUUGACGAUGAAGUCCGGACAGGGAGGAUGAUUGGGCUUGCAGCAAGACUUUGCUUGGAGAUAGGUCUACAUCGACACACAACUAUAAAGAAGGUGUUUGUGAAUCAUGAGGAUCAAAAGACUGCGUUGAAUGUCUUUUGGUCUGUAUACAUGCUUGAAAGACGCAUUUGUCUUGGCCAGGGCAUUCCGUACUCCAUUCAAGACUCUUACGUGGACCAGUCGCUAUUUCUGCAGGAUAAUUCAGAUCCUGUACUUUGCUGUCUGCUCAAGUGGACUAAGCUUGUAGGGGGCGCGUGGAAGGUUAUGAACAUCGACGGAGAGAACGGAGCAGAGGUCCAAGGUGAUGAUCUCGAGUAUCUGGACGCCCAGGCCAGCCAGUGGUAUGACGAUCUACCACAGCACCUCAAGCUCGACAUAAGCCAUUGCCAAAGUCAGCCAUUCUCGACGUCCCUUUUUAUUCAAGCAGCUCUGUAUCUUCGUCAAAGUCUUCUUCGCAACUUGAUCUUCCGUCCUGUACUGCAAUCUGUCUCUCGAAUCAACCAACACGAAGCCAAGGCCCAUAUCGCAGUACGCCUGGCCAAAGACGCGGUGUCGACGCUUCGCAGACUGAGUACUCACAGAACAUUGAUAUUCUCCCAUGUUCUCUUCUUCAAACACCUUCUAGUUGCAGCAUUUGGGAAUAUCCUACUCGCAAUUGUACAUGCCCAUAGCCUAUUCUGGGAUACGGUGCGAACGGAAUUUGAUCAAGCGCUUGAUCUUAUUGAGCUUCUCAGCACAAGGUCGCCCCCAAUGAUCCAGUUAUGGCAUCGCCUGCAGGGCUUACGAGAGCUUCCUCAAUGGUUGAACGCAUUGCCAAAACCGGCGUUGUCAAGUGACCCUCAUACAGGACCCAGUGAAGACCGUGGAAGGGAUGGUUUAUUGCCGGGCUCACCGACUGAUUCAAUAUUCAACUCGAAUCUACCCUUUGAGUCUUUGUCUGGAGUUUUCACAUUCUCGUCUGAAAUCGGCAUUGGAAUUGACGGCUUUCCUGACUUUUCGUUUCUUUUACAUGAGAACCUCGAAUAA